UCUUAUUUACAUAUGUACAUACAUUAUUUUUUCAAUUAAUUUGUCACCUCACAUCUUAAUAGAGUUCAUUCAUGAAAAUAAAUUUGAGUAAAGUAGCAUGAGAACAGGUUGAACUUUGGGUUCCUACUCGUACAUACAUACGUCAAUCAUACAUAGAUGUUUAGUUAAGUGAAAAGUGGUUCAAGUUUCAAGUGCAGGUGUGCAACCGUGUGUGUGUAGGAAGAAGAUGGAUUGUGUCGAAAUUAAUUUGCAAUGAGGUUGACUCAUCAAUCAUCCACAACCCUGGUUGAACGCAAUAACUAGAUACAUAAUGCACCAGUUUAGCGUGACCGCAUCAUCCAUAAGUUAUUAAGAUAAGACAGGUGCACACUGCAAAUGGGAUGGUACACAGGUGGUUGUGGUGGUCAUUAAUUAUUAGUGGCUUCAUUGAGAACACACUGCACUAAUCCAAAGUAACUAAUUGCACACACACUGGAGAAGGUGACCACCAGACAUUGCAUAGUACUCUCCUUUCAUAAAUUAAUUCUGAUCGCAUGUCUCCCUCUUACUUAGAAAUGCUAGUUAGCAAAUACUUACCAAGCUGCCAGUCAAUGUCAGCCUGUAACCAUUUAACCUCGUCAAACAAGUCCAUUAAAAUGAUGUAAGUAAAACUUUAUUAAAGCAAAAAAUAGAAUUUUACGACAAUACUCAUAAAUUCUGGACAAAUGCGGAGUAGGAGGGUUAGUGGUAGGCAAUUUAUUUUCAAUGCCAUACAAAUUAACCUAUGUAAACUCAUACCGCAUCAAGAUUGACUGACACCAUCCUAAUUUUCUCAUAGUGCUGAUUUGAAUAGAAAUGGUUUAAAUAUUAACUUUAUUACCACACGAUGGACAAAUUUAGGAUUUAGUGUUUGGUCACGUACUCGAAAAAAUUGAAUACAUUCAUGAGAUUUUUUUUGCUCUCCCCACUUUUACCCUGGUUUGCUUUGUACUCAUCACUUAAACACGAAAAUGGUUGUCCUUGUCCCACCAAUCCGUCGUUCCUACUGUCUCGUUCACUAGUACUUGUCAUUCUUGUUUUAUUCGUAACAAUAAUAUUUCGUACGUUUACGUAUAAAUGUAAGGACUCUGAACGGAUUUUAGUCAGAGCAACAAACAUACUCUGAGGAAGACGAGGGCCCAAUAUUCUGUUCAACAGGCAGCACCAAUACAUAAUUACAUAAUUACUCUUUGCAUGAUAAGAUAGCAGCAGCGGCGGCGGCUGUGCGUGCGUACAUUUACAUUUAUCAAAGUAUUAUUAUAUUUUAAUCACGACAUACAUAAGAUACACAUAAUAAACAAAGUGACGAUUUGCAUUAUCGAAUGAGAUAAACUGGAUUUUAAGGGAUGUUGAGACGACGAUCGUUAUGCUUCAACAGACUUCAGCAGAAGACUGUCAUCACUCGUGAUGGGGGUGCGAGAUCGCUGAAUCCCAUCAGUUAGUAUUUAUCUACUAUCCAUUGAAUACCUUUGUACUUUUUUUAAGUUUUUUGCUCUACAAAGUAUUUUGCAUUUACUUAUUGGCACAAGUAGUCUACACAGGAUUCUGACAGUUAUGGAAGGCGAACGGGCCAACUAUGUUAACACUCCGCAUAUCAUUGCGAUGGUCGGAUUGCCAGCGAGAGGCAAGACCUACAUCGCAAAAAAACUGUCUCGCUAUCUGAACUGGAUUGGGAUCAAUACGAGAGUGUUUAAUCUGGGAGAGUAUCGUCGUCAGGCUACGACGGCUUAUCGGAGCCAUGAGUUUUUCCUAAUGAACAACGAGGAGGCUUUGGCCAUUCGAAACAAGUGUGCAUCUGACGCUCUGGAAGAUGUCAUUCGCUGGAUCGAGAGUGGCGGAGAAGUCGCGGUUUUCGAUGCCACCAACACAACUCGUGACAGGAGGAAGAUAAUUUAUGAGUGGAUCGUUCAGAAAACUGGGUACAAGUUAUUCUUUGUCGAGUCGGUUUGUGACGACCCGAAUAUCGUAGAGCAGAACAUCAUGGAAGUGAAAGUGAACAGUCCCGACUACCGGGACAUGGAGAAUGAAAAAGCCCUUAGUGAUUUUUUGCAACGCAUCUCCCAUUACGAGGAUCAGUACGAGUCCAUGUGCGAGCAGGCUGAAGCUCACUACUCAUUCAUGAAGAUUUUUAAUACGGGUGAAAAGAUACUGGUACAUAAGCACGAGGGACACAUUCAGUCUAGAAUCGUGUACUAUCUGAUGAAUAUUCACAUAACGCCGAGGACUAUUUAUCUUACCAGGCACGGUGAGACGGAUUUCAACCAACUUGGUCGAAUAGGCGGUGACUCUGACCUCUCUGCCAGGGGUCGAUCCUAUGCCAAGGCGCUCUCGACCUUUAUAACUGAGCAAGACAUGCCACACCUCCGAGUGUGGACUUCAUGGCUUAAGCGCACAAUUCAGACUGCAAGUGGCAUCGAUGCGCCUCAAGAGCGGUGGAAGGCGCUCAACGAGAUUGAUGCUGGAAUCUGUGAGGAAAUGACUUAUCAAGAGAUCCAGACUAAAUUUCCAGAAGAAUUUGCAGCUCGGGACCAAUCAAAAUUUAGCUAUAGAUAUCCUCGUGGGGAGUCGUACGAAGACUUGGUGGCUCGCUUGGAGCCAGUUAUCAUGGAGCUGGAACGUCAAGAAAACGUGUUGGUUGUUGGUCACCAGGCCGUGUUACGCUGCCUUCUUGCCUACUUUUUGGACAAGGCUUCCGAGGAGUUGCCGUACCUCGAGGUCCCUCUUCACACGGUCGUUAAGCUAGUUCCGGUCGCGUAUGGUUGUAGAGUUGAGUACAUUUCCUUAUCGGUUGAAGCAGUCGACACGCAUCGUCCCAAACCCAAUGUGCCUGGCAGCCUGGAUGAGAAGUUCUUAUUCGACAGAAAUGCCAGUCCUGAUCCAGAUCACCCUGAAAACUCAGAAGAUCGUAGUAAUGGUGCUCUAAUUCAUACCAAUGGUAACGGAGAUGUAAAAGUUAUCAGCGACGGUGCUGCAAUUUCAGCUACUGACAUUGUCCUGAAGGCAACGGCAGGAUUAGAGAUAACUUCAAAUAAUCCCUAAUUUUAUACGAAUUCGAUAUCGCAAUGAGGCGCGGAUGAUAUGAAUCUCUCAAAACCAUGCAAAGUUGCGAGAAUUUAAAAAGACAAGACGAUUUCUAUUUUACCUUUUAUAAAAAAUAUCUCCUUAAUUUUAAAAUUAUUCUAAACUAUCUUAAUCUUAUUUGAUUACAUUCAUAUGGGUACAUGUACGCACAUUAUACAAAAAAAUCAUUGUCCUACGCUUACACGAAGUAAUAUAAACUCCGAAGGGUUUCAGUGGUUUUUGUGGGUGUGAUUCUGUCUACGGUAAUCUUAAGUAAAUUUACAUAUGAAAACCUACAUUUCCUUUUUAAUCCAUAAAAUACUCUACAUUUUGAUUAAGUGGAAAAAGCAACAUUCCAUAUUUUUAAACCUUACUUAUCAAAGAAAAUUAAAUGCGAGACGUUUUA